CUCAGACAUGGAAGCAGAUGGAGUCUCUGGUGCGAGAGGGGCAUGUGGUGGAGCUGAGGAGGAGGUUGUGCUCCAGGAUGACAUUUGGAACCGCUGGAUUGAGAGCGGAGAUGAGUGCGGGGUUUGCUUGCAUCAAUGACCUAACUGUCAUCCAGUCUACACAGGGAAUGUACAAGUACUUAGCCAAAUAUGUCCCUGACCUGAAAACAAGAGGGCUGGUGGUCGGGUUUGACACUCGUGCCCAAACUAGUAGUGGCUGCACCAGUGAACGACUUGCAAGGUUGACUGCUGCUGUUAUGCUUUGUAAAGAUGUCCCUGUCUAUCUAUUCUCUACAUAUGUGCCUACCCCAUUUGUGCCAUAUGCUGUGAUGAAGUAUGGAGCUGCAGCUGGUGUCAUGAUCACCGCGUCUCAUAACAGAAAAGAGGACAAUGGCUACAAGGUUUACUGGCACAAUGGUGCACAGAUCUCCUCUCCACAUGAUAAGGAGAUCUUGCGUUGCAUUGAGGAGAGUAGUGAACCCUGGCCCGGGUCCUGGAAUGAGGACCUAGUUGAAAGCAGCCGCUUACGGAGAGACCCACUGGAGGACGUCUGCCGCUCGUACAUGGAAGAGCUAAACACUAUCUGCUUCCACAGAGAGCUUAACACAAUGUCUCCCCUGAAGUUUGUGCACUCAUCUUUCCAUGGUGUUGGUCACAACUAUGUCCAGAGAGCCUUUCAGCAGUUUGGCUUUCCACCUCCCAUCCCUGUUCCAGAACAGAAAGAUCCAGAUCCAGAUUUUUCCACUGUCAGUUGUCCUAACCCAGAGGAAGGAGAAUCAGUUUUGGAACUGUCCCUUCGUUUGGCUGAGAGAGAAGAGGCCCGCAUUGUUGUGGCCACAGACCCUGAUGCUGAUCGCUUGGCUGUUGCAGAGCAGAAUGACAAUUGUGGUUGGAAAGUGUUCACGGGAAACGAGUUGGCUGCAUUGCUUGGCUGGUGGAUGUUGUUUAACUGGAAAGAAGCACACCCUGACCCAGCAGAUACGGAGAGAGUAUACAUGCUGGCCACCACUGUUUCUUCCAAAAUACUUAAAGCCUUUGCACGCAUAGAAGGCUUUCAUUUUGAGGAAACAUUGCCUGGCUUCAAAUGGAUUGGAAAUAGAAUCCAUGAAUUAACAAAAACAGGAAAGGAGGUCAUUUUUUCCUUUGAAGAAUCUAUUGGGUUUUUGUGUGGGAACAUGGUUCUUGAUAAGGAUGGAGUCAGUACAGCAGCUGUUGUGGCUGAGAUGGCUGCUUAUCUACACACCAAAAACCUUUCCAUGAACCAACAACUAAUCAACAUCUAUGAAAUAUAUGGCUAUCACAUUUCCAGAACAUCCUAUGUCAUCUGCAAUGACCCACCAACUAUUCAUAGAAUAUUUAGCCGUCUGCGCAAUUCUGGGGGUUCAGGUGUUUACCCAGAAUCAUGUGGUGACUACUGCAUCACACACAUCAGAGAUGUGACCACUGGUUAUGACAGCAGUCAGCCUGACAAAAAAUGUGUCCUUCCGUUGUCAAGAAAUAGCCAAAUGGUCACAUUCACAUUUCAGAAUGGCAUUGUUGCAACACUUAGGACCAGCGGCACUGAGCCAAAGAUCAAGUAUUACACAGAAUUCUGUGCAGCACCAGGAGAACGUGAUAUCUCCAGUCUGGAGGAGGAGUUAAGGAAAGUGACCGCUGCUCUAGUUGAAGAAUUUCUAGAGCCUGAGAAGAACAACUUGCUUCACAGAUCAGUGUAGCUUAAUUUAAAUAGUGGUAAGAUCAUUGUCUUCAUGGGCAUCUUAUGUAAAACCAGUCCCAAAGGCCUGUCAGUGAACCGUUCUGUUAGUGUUGUUUUAUCACUGUGAAAUGAUUUGAAGCAUAAUCACCUUAUGGCUCUCAAACAAAAAAGUAAACAUGACUGCUUAUUCAUUUUAGUGGUUUAUAUAUGACAAAAAAUAUUGUCAUGAUCAUUUUGUUCUUUUGCAAUUGAAUGUCUUGCUCAGAGAAAGAAAUCCUCAAGGCUUUAACAUUUUUCAAGAGUGUCACAUUACUACUAUAACAUCUGCUGUAUUAGGCCCACUUGCUAUGAACCAUAGCAACCAGCAGACCAUGUCUACCAUAUUGUCUACGUAGAGUGAUAUUGAAAUCUGGACACCAGCAAACAUCGAAUCGAUGUUUGCUGGUGUCCAGAUUUCAAUAUCACUCUACGUAGACAAUAUGGUAGACAUGGUCUGACAUGGUUUUUCUCAGAGGUUUUGCUGAGAGCUGCUGCUGCUACCUUUUAAAGCUCUAUGAGCAUGUGUAUUUGUUGUGCUCUCAUAAACCUGUGUCCAUAUUGUAUUUAUAACUCUAUCUCUGUUGAUGUUCACCCCCUUUAUAUAGUUAUAUGCAUUGAUAAUCAGUAGGCAGGCAGGACAGCACCUUAUUGCUCCCUGAAUUUCUGCUGGCUUUCUCAUGCUGAAUACGCACAGGGUAAUGAAUGAAAGAAUCAAUGUAUUAUUUUUGAAGCUUUUGAUUUCUGCUGUGUUUGAUGGGCAUAUUUGACCUUUGUGGGUUAUAUACACAAUAAAUCAAAGGUUCAGUGUGCAAACAAGACAAGCAAGGCAUUGCAUUCUACCAAUAGAUACAGACAAGGAGAAGUAAGAUAAUCAUUCACUCUUUAGCUAAUUGGUAACUUAAACACCCACAAGAAAAAAAAACACCAGGGGUCCAUUCGGUUCUUCGUACCUUGGCUUAAUAGAUCUGAGAUGAUUGGAAAGAUGCCAGAUAUUCUAAUCGUGAUAACUGCUCUCUGGCUAAUUUGGUUCUUCAAACGAAUUUGCGGAUUUUAUUAAAAUAUCUGGAUAAAGUUGUCUAAGAUUAUUGCGCGUUUUUGUGUUCCCUGGAAAGGGCUGAUGUAUCGAUACUCGACCAGAGAUGGGCACCACUCGAGUUAAGGACUCGAAUCGCAUUUUUAUAGACUUCAGACUCGACCUGUAAUGACUCCAGACUUGACUCGGCUCGAGGAAAAGUACUUGUGGAUAUUUUAAAAGCAACUCGAGUCUUAAUCCUUAUAUAACUGAUAUUCAAAAGGCGUAACAGCAGCACCAUUUUGUGAGCGGCGCGGAUCACAUAAAAAGCUCUCGGGGUCGUUUAUGGUAAAUAUCUUUCAGCGCUAUAUAGGCUACUCUAGUAUUUUUAUCUACAGCCAAACGCGCUUUAUUCAAGCCCUUUCAGCUUAGUGCGCUUUCUCUCUCUCCGCGGAUAACACGGUUAUUUUAACAACAGAAACACGGAGAGCAGCAAAAUUAUAGAUUACUUUCACUAAAACACAGCAGAAAAAGAAACAAUGCUGCAAAUAUAGUUAUUUUUCUUACUAUCUAUUUAUUUAUCUAUAACCUGUUCAAAGCAUGUGACAAGUUUCUGAUCUACAUUUAGCGUUAUUAAUUUGUAGGCUAAGAACAUUUCAAAAGAAUCAUGCCAUUAUAAUUGGGAAAUUGUUGUUAGGCUAGGAUAGAACUUAAACUUUGAAACUGCUGAUUAUCUUUCUUUUCUGCUCAAGAUGAGAACGUUUUGAGUAUUGUAGACAUUUUAGUAGGUAAUGCUUUUAAGUAAAAUAUUAAAAUAGUAGGCCCCCACUGGGCAAAGUUACGUCCCGUGGACGUCUUUUUGAAGUCUGCACACGUUGAAAAGACGUCCACUGAGGAGCCAGAAUGAAAGUUUUUAUGACGUCUUUUUUUUACGUAUUCUGCCCAUCCGAUAUAGACGUUCAUGGAACCUCCGUACAAGGUUAAAAACUAGUUAAAAUGUGGUCAGUGGACAUUAUUUUCAACAUCAUUUAAGGUUCAUUUAGACAUAAUUUAUACUGUUUCUGUACCAAAUAAACACACUCAGUGAUGCAUUGGAUUUAAACUCGUGUUAUUUCAAUGUAAUUUCCAUUUGUAAUUGCAAAGCAACUCAAAGACACUGUGUUUGUCCAAAAAUCAUGGAAAUAAAAGAA